AUGUCGUCAUAUAUUGAUGAAGUCGCUCCUGAUGAUACUUCUUCUAAUUAUGACAAUAAGAGCCUUCUGGGUAACGAAGUGAAACACUUGGACACGGUAAUUGCAUUAUAUGACUUCCCAGGGACACAAGCAUCACACUUGUCUUUGAAGUUAGGAGACACUAUAAAUGUGCUAUCUAAAUCAGAUACUGGUUGGUUAGAUGGCAUCGUGAGGAACUUAAAUGGGGAAAUAGUCAGAGGCUGGUUCCCGAACACUUACGUUAGAUCUGUGAACUAUGUACAGCCAGUUAUGAAAAAAUUAAAGAACGACAAGGAGAUAGAUUCGAUAACUGCAGCUAACACAGCUGCCAAUGUCUUGAUUCCCUCUUUUACAAAUUUGUUGCAAAAGAGUCUAGCAGAUAAUAAAAAUGGACAUUCUGAUAGCACCCGAAAGAAUUCGGUAGUCAGUUUUGCUAGUUCAGAGACUAGUCUUCCUUCAGACUCAAGAGUAUCACAGUCCUCAUAUCAACCGCAAUCCCUUACUCUGAAGUUGUCUCAGAUACCACAUGAUCCUGAGCAAGCUGAAAUUGACGUACAAUUAACACACGAUGAGCCUCAUAGUUCCUCAAUAGAUGGCGGUUCGCCUUCGGGUCCUGAUUUUAUGGAUAUUGAUGAUGUUGAAAAUUUAGUAGAGGAUUACAAACGAGAAAAUGGAAAAACUCCUUCGUGGGUGCCAAGGUAUACAACUGAUGGCAACAUUGCAUUUUAUAGUGAUCAAUUGAGGGUUUACUGCGACACGAUUCCAUUAACGACUUAUAAGAUUGCUGAAGAUUUCCCUGUUAUCGAGGUACCAAAGAAAGAGACUUUGAGCAGUAACAAGUUGGUUUCUCGUGGGUUGAAUGAUACGAGUAACAUUUUGGGCCAUAGAUCUGAUUCAGGCUCUUCAUUUGACCCAUUGAAGAGGGAAUCUAAUUCCUCAAAUAAUUCACAAUCUCUUGGGGCGUCCUAUCAUCACUUUGCAGAACCGUUCUUCUCGAUGGAAGGAUUAUUCUACUCACAAACAUCUGACUUCGCUCACUGGACCGAAAUGAGAGAUGAAUUUACAUAUUUAUUGGAUUUAACUCAUAUUGCAUUAAAAGAAAACAACAGACAGUUGUUUGCCACCUACGUUUUCAAAUUGACUGAAAUCGUCAAUUAUAUAUUUAGCGCAACUAGAUUAAUUCACAAUGAUUUUGUUGGCUCAAAAUAUGAAAGUUCGGUGAGACGGAAAUUGAGACGAAUAGCAUCAUCUUUUUCGCAGCUUUAUAUCACUGGGUUUUUACAUUUAAGCAUAAUGUUUUAUCCUCAACAGACUUCUGGGGUUGAAUUAUUUGGGAAUGAUAUAACUAUGCUAAACAAGGCGUCAGCAAUUGAUUAUCAUAAAAGCCAAUCUGUUGACUCAAUGGCAACGAUAACAGAUAAAGACUUCUUGGCUGAAAAUCUAGCAAAAUCGCAUUUAGUUGAAGAUAAGAAUGAAUAUGCAGAAUACCAUGACAGGAUAGAGUAUGAAAUUCAUUCCUUGAAAGAGAGUAUUAGUUCCUUAACAAAAUUAUUCUUGAAAAUUACUAGAACUAAGAGGGUUAAGAUGUCUGACUAUACAGGAUCUGAUGGCUCUGACGCUUCAGAUACUGAGGUUGGCGAAGAUAGGUACAAUAUUUUACCUGAGCUCUAUCCAAGGUUUUUAAGCGAUGAAUUCAAUGGUGGAAACUGGUGUAAUCUUUUCUUAUCUUCCAAUAACCCUGUUCUUAAUGCAAGUGGCGAUGAUUUGAAGAACAAAUCACAUUCAAAAUUGAUUCUUGAUAAUGAUACGUUUGGCACUUUGAAGGCUCUCAUUGAUCAAAUGAAAACUACGAGCAGUGAAGUGCUUGAUUAUUUGGACCCUGAUAAGCAGCAUCUUUAUUAUAAUGAUACCAUCAAGAGUGAGCGAAAUAAUCAGAUUCUUCGACUAGUCUACAAAUUCAUGUUCCAUGCUAGUACUGCAAUUGACAUCAUGGAAUCUUUUGAUUUUACCGUUUUCCCAUUUGUCAAAAAGUAUUCAAUCACUAACGAGUUACCAAAGUCUUCUGGUGAAUCUGAGAAGUUUACUUCCGAUGCGGGACUCAUGUUUGAUUAUCCUAUCAUUUUGGAAUUCUUUCAAAUAAAGCAAGCUUUUCACAAUUUAAUCGCAAGAAUAGUUAUGUCUGCACAAUCGCUAACUCUUGAAGAUCCAGACGUUUUUAAAGGAAUUAAUGACGAAAACCCGAUUUUUUAUAAUAGAAGUAUCAUCAAACAAGACUCUGAAAAAGAAGCUUUGCUUUUAACGAAUAUUUUAAUUGAUGAAUUGAAUGAAAAUAGCAGUGGUUCUAUAUUAAUGAAUCCAGACACCAUAUUAUUAAGAAGAAUGAAAAAUGGAAUCAAUUUUUUUGAUGUGGUUCUUUCAGUAACGCAGCUGCUAAUUGAUGAACGUGAUACUAUUCUCAAUUAUGCAACAAGGGUAAUGCAUGUUGAUAUGAAUGUUCAAUUGUUGCUUAUGGAAAGAAAUAAUACUCUUUUGUCAGAGAAGUCUGAUGAGGGAAAUUCCUUUUAUGGAGGACAGACCCGCUCUAAUAGUGUGCCGUGGUACUUAGAAGGUGAUGAGGAGUAUGACUUAUUAUUAGACAUCAAAGGAAAUGUUAAAGGUGGUACUAAAGAAGCUCUCGUGUGCCACUUGACUCAUCAUGAUUCGUACGAUAGUAAUUUCGUGGCAGCUUUCUUGUUAACGUUUUCUACGAUGAUGUCAAUUGGUGAAUUGAUUGAACUCCUUAUCGCCAGGUUCGAAAUAGAACCUCCAGAAGGUUUGAGUUUUGAGGAAUAUAAUAUAUGGAUCUCAAAGAAACAAAGCACAAUUCGGUUGAGAGUAUUAAAUACAAUGAAGCUCUUACUUGAAAAGCAUUGGUGUAACUCUUACAAAAAUUACAAUGUUUUGACAAGAUGGCUAACAUUUACCCAGUCUAGUCAAGUUCAAUCUUACUCUAUUGGAAAGCUCCUUGUUACUGAUUUGCGUAAGGUUAUUAAUGGGGAGAUAGUUUGCUUUGAGAGAGUUCCAUCGCAACCUCAAGGUAAACCUCCGGCUCCUUUGAUGAAAACGUUUAUAAAGAAGAAGAUGGUUAGAUUAUUGGACAUUGAUAAUAUAGAACUUGCACGGCAACUCACGAUAAGAGAAUUCAAAUUGUAUUCUAAAAUUACAAGGUUUGCCUGCUUAACUAAAGUUUGGGGGAAAAAGUCAGGCUUAAACGAAAGUAUUGAAGACAUUACCAACUUUAUCAAGGAAUCUAAUCAAUUGACUAAUUUUGUUGCUUAUAUGAUAUUAAGAAAAGCUGAUAUAAAGAAAAGAGUCCAGAUAAUCAGAUAUUUUGUUCAAGUCGCAGAGAAGUGCCGUCAGUAUAAUAAUUUUUCGUCUAUGACGGCAAUUAUUUCUGCUCUCUACUCGUCUCCUAUACAUCGGUUGAAGAAAACAUGGAAAUUUGUUAGUUCAGAAAGUUUGUCAAAACUACAAAACAUGAAUAAGUUAAUGAAUUCAUCAAGGAAUUUCAAUGAGUAUAGAGAUGUUUUGAAGUUUAUUGGGUCCGAGCCUUGUAUACCUUUCUUUGGAGUUUAUUUAAGUGAUCUUACUUUCGUUUUUCAUGGAAAUCCAAAUUUCUUAAUGAAUCGAACACGAAUGAUUAAUUUCGCUAAGAGAGCUAAAACUUUUGAAAUUAUUGAAAGUUUAGACAGAUUCAAGACCACGGCAUAUAAUUUGUUAGAGGUUCUGGACAUUCAGUUCUACUUAGGCUCCUGGAUGGAUAAAUGCCCUUCAAUUCCGGAACAAUAUCAAAUAUCUUUGAAUCUUGAACCAAGAGAAACAACUCUGUCCAAUACAGGUAGUAGCAGUUCCACUCAUAGCUCUAAACUCCAAAAGCCAUCCUUGGGAAGUCUACCCUUUCGAAUUUAA